CCUCCUCCCUCCUCCUCCUGUAGGAACCUGGCAUUGGGCGGCGGUCUCCUCCUGCUGUUGGCGGAGUGUCGUGGCGAGGCUCGCAGCGUGUUCGCCGGCGUGCCGUCUCUGGGCGAUCAGAGUUCUCCGAAGCACCUCCUGCAGCUGGGCGGCCGGGUGCUCCUCGUCCUCAUGUUCAUGACGCUGCUGCACCUCGACCUCGGCCUCUUCAGCGUGCUGCAGAACCUGGUGGGCACGGCGCUCAUGGUGCUGGUGGCGGUGGGCUUUAAGACGAAGCUGGCGGCGCUGACGCUGGUCGUCUGGCUGCUCUGCAUCAACUUCACCUUCAACGCCUUCUGGAGCAUCCCGUCCUACAAACCCACGCACGACUUCCUCAAGUACGACUUCUUCCAGACC